AUGAACACAUCGGCUGCAGGCCAAGCACCUGGACCAAGUCGCAUCGAUGACGAGGCGAGAGCAACGCAGUUAGAUGUCGAGGCAGCGACGGGCGCGCUGGGUACCGAGAGAGGUACGAGCGCAUCGACGUCAUCCGCCGACGACCAGCAUGCCCUCAAUCCGACCGAGUCGUACGGGCAGCGCUUGACACGGGUGUUGACCGGCGAGAACGACACGCCACACGAUUCAUAUGUCGACUUGGACGAUGACAACGACGACGGAAGCAAGGGUAGGCGCUCGCGGAGGAGCAGGCUCUUACCCUCGCUAGUACGUCGAAGGCAACAAAGCGGUGCGCGUACGGGACGCAGUCGAACACCGAAGCGGUCGAGUAUCCGACAGAGGGCGGAAGAGCUGGCGACAAUGGCAGAUUCCGAGAAAGAGGCGAGAUCCAAGCGAUCGAACGGCGCACAGUCCACCGAUGCAAGCAGCGAACCGGGACGGAUCAAGAUGGUGGGUGAAGACGGCAAACCCAUGCGACGGCACGGCAUCAAGGAACGCGUGCUGCACUUCACACCGUCCUGGUUCUCGGUGACGAUGGGCACGGGUGUCAUCGCCACGCUGCUCAACCUGCUUCCGUGGCCAUCGAUCCAUUCAGGACUUCGCUAUCCCGCUGCAUGCUUCUUGCUCGGCGACAUUGUCAUCUUCAUCCUCUUCGUAUGCGCCUUCUUCGCGCGCUACCUGAUGUAUCCGGAAGUGGUACCUCUAACCAUCAAGCAUCCUCAAAAGUCCAUGUUCUUGGGCACGCUACCCAUGGGUCUCAUCACCAUCAUCAGUGGCAUCGCACAGCUGGGAACUAACGAGUUCAAGCUGGGAAUCGGAUUCGCACUGGCCGCCAGCGGACUGUGGUGGGCAGCGACGGCGAUCAGUUUGGCGACGGCGAUCGGUGUACCGUUUAGCAUGAUGACGUACCAGAAGCACUAUUUUGAAGGAAUCACCGCGGCUUUGUUGCUGCCUAUCGUACCACCGAUCACUGCUGCGGCGACAGGGAGCGUGCUCGCAGAGAUCCUGAUGCACAGAUACCCAACGUACGCCUUCACGAUCAUGGUGGUGAGCUACCUCGUGCUCGGCAUCGGUCUGCCACUGGCCCUGCUCAUCCUCGUACUCUACUUCCAACGCCUGCUGCUGUUCAAGAGUCCGCCACGAGAUGUCAUCAUCUCCGUCUUUCUGCCUCUCGGACCCUGCGGUCAGGGAGGAGAAGCAUGUUUGCACCUCGGCAGAGUCGCUCUCCACCUGUUCCCCACCAUCUCGACAUCGGCCUCUUCGGGGGUUCCGCAACUUUUUUCGGUGGGACAGGCGCUGUACGGAGCAGGACUCAUCUCGGCCAUGUUCCUCUUCGGACUGGGAAUAUGGUGGCUGUGCAUCGGAGUGUUCACCAUCAUCCGCGAGUUGAAACGCGGCAAGCUAGGGUUCAACAUGGGCUGGUGGGGAUUGACGUUCCCGUUUGCGAGUCUGGCGAUCUGCACGGCACGACUGGCGAUAGAGCUGGAUAGUCUUGCGCUCAAGAUAGUUUACACGGGCUUUGUCAUUGCCAACAUUUCGCUGUGGCUGUACGUGGCGAUACCGACGGCCAAGGGCGCUUGGACGGGGAGGCUGUUCAAUGCUCCUUGCCUGGCCGAUCUCCCGCUCAAGCCGUGA